CACAGCCCAACACAACAUGGUGCCUUUGAGGUUCACGCCAUGGAGAAACACCCCGAAAGCGAAUUAAUAAAGCCCCCAAAAAGAUGGAUGAAGAGUGUUUACCGGAGCCGGAGCACCUGCUGAUAUUUGUGAGGAAACUCAAAGAGGUGUUCGACGUGUGUGACGCGGACUCGGACGGUCUCAUCCUCCUUGAAGACUUGGUGCAGUUGGGGUCGCAGUUUGGUAAAGCAGAACAGGUGAAGAAUUUGGUCAAAUGUCUGGACUGCGACUCUCUCGGCAGGAUCAGCUUCAAAGACUUCUGCAGCGGUGUCCUCACCAUGAAAGGUUAUGUUGACAUCCUAAAAAAGAAAAGUGGGGCGCAGUUCACCACAAGGCCGUAUGAGACAGCUAAGAGAAGCUGCAAGCUCUUCAGAUGA